AACCUCUUUUUCGUUUUCUAAACAUUUCAUCACCUUCUUAUGCUGGUUCAACGUCUUGUUGCCUUUUUUUUUAAUUGUUGCUAAGACCGAUUACUCAUCACUGAAACGACGCGUUCUUUUAUGUUAUUAUCAGUAACAAUCUCCACGUUAUUGUACUUUUAACGUCGCGUGAAUCAUACGGUAGUUUCUGCGUAGCUCCUGGAAACUGCCUAGUUUUAUUCAACCAUGACGAUGGGAAACCGAUUGAUCGAGGAUGAUUCUGAUGGGGAUGGCGCAACAGUCCAAACGCGUCCCGCGGGUGUCCGUAAUCGGCGCCAUUCUUCGGAAAAUCAUCCAACGGAUUAUAAUAUCCCUGUCACAGGUAAUGACGAGGAUAUGGAGCCGGCAUUUAACGUAAAUCAUCGAUCAAAAGAAGCGUCUCAAUAUGAGAGCUUGGAUUACGAUGUGUGCGAGAAUGUGCUUUGGCGUCGCGACCAGACAAAAAUCGAGCCAAAGUUCACCGUCAAGAAGGAUUUCUCGCGCUGGGUCAUAUCGCUGCAGAUAGGCGUGUUCACGGCACUGGUUGCAUGUUGCAUAAACAUCGUGAUAGAAGAGGUGUCGCGAGUGAAGUAUGGUUUCCUCAAGCGCCAGGUCGAUGUGAACGUGAUCCGGGGCGACCUCAGCAUUCCCUAUCUGUGGUGGUCGCUGCUCAACCUGGUGCCGGUCGUUAUCGGGGCCACACUGGUGGCGUACGUCGAACCGGUGGCCGCCGGAAGCGGUAUACCGCAGGUAAAAUGCUACCUGAACGGUGUGAAGGUACCGCGCAUCGUUCGCAUCAAAACGCUGGCCGUGAAGGCGGUCGGUGUGGCUACGUCCGUGAUCGGUGGACUGGCGGGAGGCAAGGAAGGUCCGAUGAUACACAGUGGUGCGGUCAUCGCGGCUGGAAUAUCGCAGGGCAAAAGUACCACGUUUCGGCGCGAUUUGAAAAUUCUCAAACACUUCCGCGAUGAUCACGAGAAGCGCGAUUUCGUUGUAAGCGGAGCGGCCGCCGGCGUUGCAGCAGCGUUCGGGGCACCGAUCGGAGGGACUCUGUUCUCGCUGGAGGAAGCCGCCAGCUUCUGGAACCAGAGCCUUAUCUGGCGUACGUUUUAUGCCUCGAUCAUCAGCUCGUUCACGCUCAACAUUAUCCUUUCGGCGUACCACGGACUAAGCAGCUUCCGGUACAGGGGUUUGUUUAAUUUGGGCGAGUUUGCGCCGCUACCGUUCGAGUACUUUGAGCUGCCGAUCUUUAUGCUGAUGGGCGUGUUCGGUGGAUGUACCGGCGCCGUAUGGAACGCUCUCAACAGUCGUCUGAACAAAUUCCGCUCGCACGCCAUCAAGCCACGCUGGGCAAAGGUGCUCGAAGCGGCGUUCGUUGCGAUGCUGGGAGCUACUUUUGCCUGCAUCAUGGCAUACACAAUCAACGAUUGCAAGCCGCUCGGAAACGAUCCGACCGAACAUCCUGUUCAGCUUUUCUGUGAGGACAACGAAUACAAUGCGGCAGCGGCACUCUGGUUCCAGACACCCGAGGCGACGGUGAAGGCUCUGUUCCACGAUCCACCCGGAUCACACAAGAUUCUAACUCUAGCGGUAUUUGUGAUCAUCUACUAUCCGCUGUCCUGUAUCACUUAUGGGUUAAGUGUUUCGCUAGGAAUCUUCAUUCCCACACUCCUUAUUGGUGCCGCUUGGGGUAGACUGACUGCUUCCUUUAUGGUCCUUGCCUUCCCUGCUUCAAGUGCUUUUGUCGCACCGGGAAAGUACGCCCUCAUCGGAGCCGCCGCCCAGCUUGGUGGUGUUGUACGGAUGACGCUCAGUCUGAGUGUUAUCAUACUGGAAACGACCGGAAACAUUGGCUUCAUCCUGCCGAUAAUGCUGACACUGAUGUGCGCCAAGUGGUGCGGCGAUUACUUUAACGAGGGUAUCUACGACACGCAGAUCAAAUCUUCCCGCGUUCCGAUGCUCCCGUGGCACGUCGAACCGGAGUAUCAGCAACUUUCGGCACGCCAUAUCAUGGCCCGACCGGUCGUUUGUGUGCGUGUCGAGGAAAAGGUCCAAUACUUGCUCGAUAUUCUCAAGAACACCACGCACAAUGGAUUCCCCGUGAUCGAGGAUGGGGAUGAUGGAUCACGCGUCAACGGGCGGCUGAUCGGUUUGAUCUUGCGCUCACAGCUGGUGGUGAUUUUGAAACGCAGCUUCUAUCAAGAAUCCAGUCGCUUCUGGGAAUCCACCGUCAGUAUUGAAGCGUUCCGCGAAGAGUACCCGCGAUAUCCCGCCGUUGACGAGCUGCACGUUAACGAGGACAAAUGUAGUGGUGAUUUUUCCGUCAACAUGAACAUGUUUAUGAAUCCAUCACCGUACAGCGUAGAGGAGGGGACGUCGGUGCCACGGAUCUUCCAGCUGUUCCGUGCGCUCGGACUCCGCCAUCUGAUGGUGGUUUCGUCCGAGAAUCGCGUCCGGGGUAUUAUUACGCGCAAGGAUUUUCUUAAACAUCACUAAUUCCGUCACCCGCCUAGCGGAGUGGUGAAACCAAAAAUAUGUGAAUUCGAUCUGUUUUUCUCGUUUUAACGCCAUUCGUAAAUGGUUGUGCCUUUAUUUUUUUUUACCAUUUAACUGCAAAAUAUGCGGCUGCGAGAUACAUAGGUUCCGUAAGAGAACAUAGCAUCCAUACGAAAUAAAUAAGAAAUGUGAAUUAAAUAAGAUUUAAGAAAUACAUUAAUGUUGAA